AUGAACACCACCAGGGAGCAAAUUCAGUCGCAUGUAUUUGAUGUCAUCAGAGCUACUGUUCCAAAGCUGGACUUGGAUGGUGCAUUUGAGCAGAAAAAUGAUAUCACAAAAGCUGUCGAAGAGGAGCUUGGAAAGGCUAUGUCUAUGUAUGGCUAUGAGAUCGUGCAAAAUGCUGAUUGUUGA